AUGCCUACAGAUAAGAGCUGGUAUGACGUGGUGCACCAGCUGUCCGACCUUAUCGUAAGGACAACUUACAAUAUCAUGGCAGACCUUGAACGUUAUACUCCAGGAGAAGCUUACACGACAAGGUUAUUAGCUAUUAUUUCUUCAACGAUGUCGAUUUUUGCAGGUAUAAUUGGUAUAUACUUUCUUUUGGCAAUUGAUUAUAAGAAACGGGUUUUCAGACAUCAGUUGAUUUUUUUCUUGAUAUUAUACGACUGUAUUAAAGCAUUAUUUCUAUUAUUAUACCCAGCAAGAGUGGUGGCAAAGGCUUCGGUGUAUUAUGAUCUAAACUUUUGUAAAGUUGUUGGAUUUUUCACAGCUUUAUCUAUUGAAGGAUCUGAUAUUGCAAUUUUAAGUUUUGCUAUUCACAUCGCAUUAUUGGUUUUCAAACCAAACCAGACAGUCAAACGUGGUAUGAGUUAUGAAGGGGGAUUAUUUCGAUACAGAUAUUACGUUUAUGCUAUAUCUAUUUUGCUACCUAUAUUACUUGCAUCUCUAGCCUUCAUCAAUGGCAUGGGGUAUGAGCCAUUAACAAAUUGGUGCUACAUGCCUACACGUCCACUUUGGUACAGACUUGUAUUAAGCUGGAUCCCUCGUUACUUAAUCAUCAUCUCAAUUUUUGUUAUAUAUGGUUGUGUCUAUCAUCAUGUAACAAGGCAAUAUAGUAACGUUAGAAACACGAUGGUUGGAACUGAAGAAGCAGACCAUCAGAAUACUUCCAUAUGGAAAAAGUUUUCUAAAGCCUUGGGAUUCGUAUUGUUUUUGAAUGUCAUUCUAUCGGACUCUCUGAAAGGGGAUGGUAAUAGUGAUACGCCAAUAAAUGAAGAACAACAAGCUGAUGACCAAUCGAGGGAAACGCCUAUAAACAACAAUCAUAACUUGAUGCCAGGAAACCUUAACGACGAUGCAUUGCAACAAUUUAGAAAGCGCCAAACACAAGUUGAGCGACAAAUGAAGACAAUAUUUAUUUAUCCAGUGUCCUACAUUAUUUUAUGGAUAUUUCCAUUGAUUGUCCACGCGCUUGAUUUCAAAUAUGGUCUUUCCAGGAAGCCAAUAGUAUGGCUAAACUCAAUUUCUGCGUUUAUGCAACCUUUGAAUUGUACAGUUGACACUAUUGUAUUUUUAAUAAGAGAAAGGCCCUGGAAGAUUAUAACAAGUGAAGUUGAUAUUUCACCAACUGAAAAUUAUACGUAUCCUCGUUGGCGACAUUUCAUUUCAUUUCUACCUUUAUUUUCGUUACCCAAAUCAUAUAUUAUCCAACAGUCAGAACUUAAAGAUCCACCAGAUUUUGCAUUAAAUAAUUCUUUCAGUGAUUCCAACUUCCCCGACUACUCGAAAAUUCUUUCAGACACACAUAAUACGAACAUCAAUACGACUCAAUCUACUCCUAGCCAACUUAAUAUUAACAAGCAUGCUUAUUCCAUGUCACCUAAUACGUAUUCGCAAGAUGACAAUUUAGAAAAAGGGCAUAGUUUAGAACAUAAUAGUUCUGAUCAAGAAUCCCCUGAUGAGAUGGAUUUUACAGAAUUUUUAAAGAUGGGACCAAUACUGUAG